AGUGAAGCGCGGGAGAGCGGAAACAGCAGGAAAACGACGAAGAAGCGGAACUUCCGUGUUAUUCAGCAUGGAGCGAGAAAAUGUAGCAUAAUGUUGCUUAGUUUAUAUCUAAAAUGAGUUAGUUCUUGUGUUGUGUAGCGUUUCUUCUCCAACGUUUAUUGGUAAUUCGUUUUUUUUAAUUAUUUUGAGCUUUUUGACUAUAUUAGCAGUUGUUGGACGCUAGCAGAGGAGGCUGAAUGAGGCCGCUCAGUGUUUAAGCUUUAAUGUUUGUUUACCGUGAGGUUUCUGCUGCUAUGUAAGCUGCUUUUGUUUCGUCGUUUCAAUGGGAAAAAGGAAAGACAUGAUUCACCCCAGAUUUCUCGCUGAAGGCGGCUGCAGCCUGCACAGCGCUCACAAGCGGAAACACAAAAAACACAAGAAGCACAAGAGGAAGCACCACAGCUUCCCUGAGGCGCCCGAGCCUGAGCCUGUGGCGGUGCCUCGGCCUCCGCCGCAGCUCCGACUGAAGAUCAAACUGGGAGGACAGACGCUGGGAACCAAGAGUGUUCCCACCUUUACCGUUCAUCCUGGUGUGGCUCGUCCUCCCUCACCGUUAAUGAUCAUUGACAACAACGUUGAUGACGACGACGACGAUGAUGAUGAAGAUGAUGAUGACGAGCCCUCUGUGCCUCUGGAGCAGUAUCGGGCCUGGCUGGAUGAAGACAGCAACCUGGCCACAUCCCCUCUGCCAGACAUGGACUCAGAUUCCAUGCUGGGCGGGCCCGUGGACGAGGAGGAGCGGUGGCUGGAUGCUCUGGAGAAAGGAGAGCUCGAUGACAAUGGAGAGCUGAAGAAGGAGAUCGAUGAGUCUCUGCUCACUGCCAGACAGAAAGCUCUGCUACACAAGCAGCAGAGUCAGCCUCUCCUUGAGCUCCCCAUGGGCUACAAGGAGAAAGAGAUGACCGCCGAGAUGAUGCAGAAGCGGGAGGAGCGUGCCCGAAAGAGACGCCUGCAGGCCGCCAAGAAAGCGGAGGAGAACAAGAACCAGACGAUAGAGAGACUGACGAAAACCAGCAAGGCCAAGAUCAAAAGCAUGAAGGAGAAGAAGUCCAAGCAGAGCCAGUGCCCCAUGGUUCGGUACAGCGACUCCGCCCAGGGAAUGGCCAUCUCCUUCCCAGCAGGAGUCCCCGCUCCUACCCCGGCAACUCCCUGCCCUCUGCCUCCAGCCCCAAUGAACUGCGGAGUGAGCGGGUGCACAAACCUCAAGAAGUACUCGUGCUCAAAGACCGGAGUUCCUCUCUGCAGCCUCGAGUGCUACAAGAGGAACCUCCUGCUCGUGCAGAGCGCAGCGUGAACCCCCAGACGUUUCGGUUUAUGCCACCCUGGGAUGUGACGAUGGAGAGUAUUCAUGCUCGUGUAUUUACGUUAACAGGACACUGGUGACCGUGCAGUAGUAGGAAGGUGAUUUUCAACUUUCCUGUUCAGUGUGAGGAGACUGUAUAUCAACAUGCUUUUUUCAUGUGUCAUGAUAAUGAUUCUCUGUGGAGCUGCUCGUCCAAUUAUGUACAAUAUUUAAAAAAAAAAAAAAAAAA